CAAACGGUUUUAGUCUAGUUCCUGUGUCGGUAGGUACCAAACCGUCAACCGUCACUAUACGCGCGUGAACCGCACUGCACGCUGAGCGAACAUCGGCCACGGCGAAUGCGAUUAUUUUUUUUGCAAUAUUUUACCGAGAUAUAGGCACCAGACGUCGAACUUUUUUUUUCCCCCAUUUCUUUCGGGCCUUUUAAAUAAUAAUAAUAAUAAUAAUAAUAUAGUAAAAUCAAAAGCCGAUUCACGCGGUGUAUCGCGAAUUUGGAUACAUACACAUUGUGUACAGAAUCAUGAUUGAAUCCCAUACGUGUACGUAGAAGAUAUUAUUGCGAUAUUAUAGCUCCAGAUAUAUUAUCUAUCACGGUUGGCGAAGAGUUGGAUGUACUAUGUCCAUAAACUGCAAUAGUAAAUUAUUGAGAGGCAAUAACGAAAAUUGAUUCCAGGUCAUCGCAAUAAAGACAUAAUAGAAAUUUCAUCGUUUGAACGUUUUUUGUCAUAAGUGGGAAUGACGGAAGGAUUUAAAUCAAAGGAAAUUAUUUUACAAGCUCAAAAAAAAUUCUUGGGCAAAGUAACAAAUAAAAAUGUUAUAAAAUUAUUUAUUCACGAACGCAAUGCUAAUAUUUUGGAUAAUUUGUAUCGACUUGCCAAAAUUUACACGGGAAAUAAGAAAGAAUCCGAGAAGUUGACGAAAAAUAUAAUCAAAAUAAUCGUUAAAUUGAGUAUUUUGUAUAGAAAUGAUCAAUUUGACAGUAAUGAAUUGGAAUUAGCGAAUAAUUUUAAAGAUAAAUUUAGAGAGUUAACUAUGAUUGCAGUAAGUUUUUAUGAAAUAGAAUUCAGUUAUGACAAAAAUUAUUUAAUCAAUUAUUUAUUUAAGUGUAGAGAAAUACUAAAAGAACUAACCAAAAGACAUCUAACGGAUAAAACACUGUCCAGGGUAGAUAAAAUUUUUGAUUUUUUUUCAAAUUCUGUAUUUUUAGAUUCAAUUUUUAUUAAUCCUGCAGUUUCCGAAUUAACUGAAACUGUGCAAAUCUUAAUUAACGACUUAAAAGAGUUAUUGGAUAAAGACUUAUAGUAUAAUAUAAUAUACCUAUUAUAAUUUAUUAAAAAAUAUUUUUAUAUUGAUCAUUUAUAUUUAUAAAUAUUAUAAUGCCAUAUAGGACUCUACUGGACCCUUCAUAUCCGUGCUUGUAUAACCUUCACUAUAAUCUAUAACUAUCCAAAUGUUACAUAUUUUAUUUAUCGGAUGUACCUAUAAUACUUAAAAAUAUGUCAUAUUAGAUGAUCAAUUUCAAUGUUUCAAUAUUUGUAAAGACUUAAC